ACAGUUACGUUUGGUUGUAGUUAUAAAUUUGGUUGUAGUUAUACACGUGCUCCGUUCAACCAUUUAGCAAGUCAGAAAUGUCAGAGUUUCCUAGUUCUGAUUUCAGCUUGAACGCAGCAAAACUAGCACGAAUUCCCCAUACUUCCCCCCUUUUCUUCCUACGUCAUAAACGAUCUAUUUCCACAAUGGUGGUCAGGUGGGCCGCCCCUUUACUGGUGCGCAGAACAACACCGACGCUGAACUGACUUCCCCAAACCAUGGUUAAAUAGUCUGGUCAAAAAAUAUUGGCGAUCUAUCUUAUUUGGAAAGGAGACGGGCAGCAUCCAAUACCUCAGAGGCACUAGGUGACAUCCAAGCUUUUCUAAGGUAUUUGUAUUGGCUCAUUCAUCCUAGGCAGCCCAGCCCAGCCCUGUGUCGUGAUGUCAGGCCCCGGGAGAGACAGUGAUAUGGAGUCGGACCAUGCAAUAGACUGGUCCAUGAUGGACAUGCGGCUGGACUCGUUCCGGGGUUCCCUCCUGGCCCAGCAGGUGUCAGCGGAGAGGCUGGCCCGCGCUGGGUUCUACUUCACGGGACAGGCCGACAAGGUGCGCUGCUUCAGCUGCCACAAGACUGUAGAGAACUGGUGUGGAGGUGACGCACCCGUGGAGAGGCACGUGGAGGUCUCCCCCACCUGUAAGUUCCUGAGCUGCACCCAUCGAUCCAGGGUUAACUCUCUUCAAGGUGCCAUGAUGACCAAUGAAACCUCCUACAACGAAGACGCUGAGGACAUGGAGUUCCGCCUGAGGACGGGAGAGGUGGUAGACGAUACCACCUACCCCAUGGCCCCGCACAUGGCCAGUGAAGACUCCCGGUUCAACACCUUCGGCCCGUGGCCCUCCACAUCCCCGGUCCGACCUAGAGAGCUGGCCCAGGCGGGGCUCUUCUAUCUGGGGGAGGGAGACCAGGUGCAGUGCUUCUGCUGUGGAAGGAUGCUGAAAGGCUGGGAGGCCGGGGACACUGCGUGGGGAGAGCACUCCAAACACUACCCCUACUGCUUCUUCAUCCUGGGGCAUGAUGUGGGGAACCUCCCCUCUCAGGGGGGGAGGGAGGUGGGGGAGACCAGGCCACGCCCGGGUCCUCAGGCAUCCAUGCAGAGCUUUGAGGAGAGGCUAGGCAGCUUUGCAGGAAUCCAGCACCCUAUUGACCACGAGAGGCUGGCCAGAGCAGGCUUCUACAACACAGGUACACCAGACCAUGUGGGCUGUUUCCGCUGUGGUGGAGGUCUGAAGGGCUGGCAGCAGGACGAGGAUCCCUGGGAGGAGCACGCCAAACACUAUCCUGGGUGCAGUUUUCUACUGGCAGAGAAAGGACAGGAGUUUGUCAGCAGCGUUCAGCUACAAGGUUCAGGCUGGAACAAUGCUGCUUCAAGUCACUUAAAUGGAUGUUCAAGUCAUGAGACAGAGGUGCUGCAGUCAGCCAAUGCCCAGAAGGCGGUGGAGAUGGGUCUGGAGCCUGCCUUGGUAGAGAGGACUAUACAGGAGAGGAUACGCAGGGAUGGGACAGGCUACUCCACCAUGGAAACUCUGCUGCAGGACUGCUUUAACAGAGACCCUGACAGCGACGCAGGGACAGCAGAGAACCAUGACGAGGAUCCCCUUGAGAAGCUACGGAAGCUGCAGAGGGAGAAACAGUGCAAAGUGUGUAUGGACAGAGACAUCUGCAUCGUCUUCAUCCCCUGUGGGCACCUGGUCGUCUGCAAGGAGUGUUCCCAGGCCCUUGACAAGUGUCCCAUCUGCUGUAGAGCCAUUACACAGAAGAUCAAGACCUACAUCUCCUAACAUGCAACCUGGUGUCAGGGAUUGUCGUCUCAGAGCAGGAGUGCUGACCUAGGACCAGGUCCUGUCUCUUACUCAUUAUGUUUUAAAAGGCAAAAGUUAUCCUAGAUCAGCACCUAAUAUGAGAUGCUUAAUGAAUGUGGGCCCAAGAGGAUGAGACUCUUUUUAAAUGGCAAUGCUGCUUUACCUUCUCAAUUAUUUUAUUAACACAUGCUUUCCUACUACAAAUGUACAUAAAGAUAUAUUAUAUUUGAGGAGGACCACUGUAAAUAUGAAUAAGAGAAUCAUGAGAGGUGUGGUGAUUUUAUUUUUCAAUUAUUGUUUUAAAGAUAAUGACAGACACUUCCUUGUUAUGUGAUGUAGUGUUCGCUCACUGAUACAAUACCCAAGAGGCAAUGGGCCUCUGAAUCUUCGAACCAAGAUGAGAAACUAAGGUUGAGACUAGAUGGAGUACAGCUACAGACAGAAGGGACUUUACAUAGCAGGUUAGCAGAACUAACGAAGGUUAGGAAAAUGUACGUAGCAGGUUAGGAAAACAAGGUAAAGGUUAAGAAAAGGGAUAGGGUUAGCUAAAAUGAUACUGUUGUCCCGAUGUGAGUCAAACAUGCAACUUUUUGUCCAUGGCUGUACUCCAUCUACCCACAGUUCUGAUACUUCUGCUGUACAGGACCAUGAUCUACCAUUGCAGUUAUCAACAGUGCCUUUUCAAAUAGUUUCAUUUACUUAUUGUGUGUAUAUUUUCUUUAUUCAGACUAUUAUGCCAUUUCCAUGUUUUUGUCAUUUCUCUUAAUAUUAUGAAGUUGUUGACUGGGCUUUCCUUAUUGGUUUGCAAAUCAUGCGUUUCUCGUUAGUUUGCAAAUUACAGGUUUCUGAAAUAGAAGUCCUGAGGGUUCCCAAACGUAGGUUCCUUAGGCCAACUAGUAUGCUUUCACUUGUAUGAUUCAUUAUGUGUGCUCUGUGAAUAAAUGGAUGAAUUGUA